AGGAUUAGGGGUUGUUUGGAUUGGGUACGGAGUUUUUGCCAAUUCUGUUUCCCGUAAACUCAUUUGAAGGGCUAAUCACCUGAAAUUUGCGGAAUUGAUAACUUCCGAACGCACUGCGCUUUGUGUUUCGAUCCGAACGUGUUCUGUACCGUUAGAUCAAUUGGCGUGGAUCUUGAAGCAUGUGCUUGACACGUCAUGUUUCUCGUUCGUUCGUUCCAGGAACUCCUCGGCCCGAAUGAACGCCUUAUCCUCUCCACCGUCACUUUUUCCUUCUGGGCUUCUUUUCCCCAUCCCCAUCGUCUUCACUGAGAGAGAGAGAGAGAGAGUCGAGCUGGAGCAGCCGCGCCUUGCCGCCGCUCACCGGUGAGGCCUCGCGGCGCCCCGUCGGUGGCUUAGAUUUCGGGGAGGCGCUCGAGGGGAGCGACGGCGGCGGAGACCUGGGAGGCGGCGGAGGUGCUGCUCGCAGGAAGUGGCGGUGGCGGCGGCUGCCACACCAGCGGAGCUGUCCAAUGCCGCAGCAGGGCCUACCACGGCACCGGCAAGCUGCCUGCACUGCAAGCGGGGAGCGACGCCGGCGGCGACCUGGGAGGCAGCAGAGGUGCUGCUAGCAGGGAGCGGCGGCGGCGACCGACCCUCCAGUGGAGCUAUUCAACGCCGCAGCGGGGCCCUACAACGGCUUCGGCACGUUGCCUGCGCAGGGGCCUACCACGGCGCCGCGAUUUCCUCUGGCUUGUCGACAAGGUGGACUUCUACCUCGGCGCCGUCUUCGGCAGCAUCGAUACGGGGAUGGUGGUGGCUAUGCUCAUCUCAGUGUUGCAGGUGCGGCUCUUCUUGGCGCGGCCGAGGACGAUGGUCAUGGGCAACGUGCCAGAGACGCCCAUCUACCGGUGGAUGGACCAGUACACGACGUGCUCGACGGCACCCUUCGCGAGAAGAUCACCCGGUGGAUUGACGACGACGACGAACGAACCUCGUCCUCAACAUGUGUGAGCGAUUGGCAGCAUCGACACCAGUGGUACGAGUAUGCAUUUCGACAUGGCAAAUUUUGUGUGGAAGAUGCUUAAACAGGUGCAUCUUUGACCAAGUAUAGGAUGGGCAGAUGUCGCGAAAGGAAUACUCAUGGUUUCUGAAGACUGACUAUGCUCCCUCGAGUACUACGCAGCAACAAACUCAGGAUAACUCAGUCGAGAACUUUAAAAGAGCAAACAAGAUUCUGGCUUCGGAGUCUGAGCCGGUUCAAAUAUGGGAUUUCUCUGCGCGAACAACCUUCAUAUGGAUGAAUGAAUGGAACCGUAUGCCCCAAGAUCCUCGGUCUAAGAUCCUCGGCCUUCUGACCAGGAGGCAACAGGUGAGGAUGGUGGCAGGAGGAUGUACCUGCGGCGUGAGGAGAUGGGUGCAGGAACAGCCGGCGCGCGGAGGUGGCUGGUUCCGACGGCCUCAGGUGAGGAUGGUGGCAGGAGGAUGUACCUGCGGCGUGAGGAGAUGGGUGCAGGAACAGACGGCCUUGGUGAGCAACACCAUGAGAGGAGAUGGGUGCAGGAACAGACGGCCUUGGUGAGCAACACCAUGAGACGGGAGCAGAGGUUGCUGGUUCCGGCGUGGCCGGACUGGUUCCGUUCCGGCGGAUGUGGCCGGAGGGCGAGUAUGGGUCCAGCGAGAGGAAAAACUGGCGUUCCUGGUGACGUGCGAUGACGGCUCGAUGGAGCUUCCGCACUUGUUUCUUUGUUUGGUUUGGCUGGGACGUGUCUUUUUUUUGGUUUGUUUUUUUGGUCAAUGCAUGGAGUACUGUUGUUUUUCUUUGGCCGGUGCGUGAUCGUGGUACUGUUGUUUUUC